AUUCACAAAGUGAGUGAGUGAGAGUGAUGAGGAAGUUGAAGACCCUGAGACCUCUGUAAGCUUCGGGCAUGAACUCACGGACCAGGAUCUGCAGAGAGAAGAGCGGGGACUAAAGCCUGCCUCGUCGGGUAACCAACACACUGUAACCACCUGCACGGCGACGCAGCACCAACGCACCGUGGCUAAACCGCAUGGCGUGAAGCAGAAAACGCUUUAAUACGACUGAGAAAAUGUUGUCAGAAGAGAAGAACUGAAGAGGCCGGGGGGGAUCAUUUCCAGUCGAAGAUGGGCUGCAUGUGCAGUGGCCAGAAACCCCUGCAAGAUGACAAGUACCAGAAAGCAAUGCAGAAGUCUCCCCCCUCACAGCCGUCCCUGCACGAAGUCCGAAGGGUCAACACGCACAGAGAUGACGAUGACUUAGUUUAUGUGGCACAACAUGACUUCAAAGCAACCACCGACAACGAUCUCUCUUUCAAAAAGGGAGACAGACUCAAGGUUCUGCACGAAAAUGGAGAAUGGUGGUUGGCGAGGUCGUUGCUAACUGGACUGGAGGGCUACAUACCAUGUAAUUUCGUAGUCAGAGCAGAUAUGCAGGAAAUGAACAAGUGGUUUUUCAGGGACAUAUGCAGGAGAGAAACCGAACGACUGCUUUUGUCUCCAGGAAAUCAACCGGGAUCCUUCCUGGUUCGGGAAAGUGAGACGAGUGUAGGCUCCUUCUCGCUGUCAAUCAGAGAUUGUACACAGGAGGAAGAUGACGUUGUAAAACACUACAAGAUUCGACGCCUAGACACCGGUGGCUACUACAUCUCGCCCUCCACCACAUUUCCAUCUCUGCAGGAGUUAGUGAACUACUACAGUCUUACAGCAGAUGGUUUGUGUCAGCGGCUCGACAGGCCCUGUAAGCCUAAAGAGUUGCAGCAGCCGUGGGCCCAGGACGAGUGGGAGAUUCCUCGAGACACUCUGAAAAUGGUGAAGAAAUUGGGUGCGGGACAGUUUGGAGAAGUCUGGAUGGGAUACUAUAAGAACAACCAAAAGGUGGCUAUUAAGACAUUAAAGAAGGGCACCAUGGAGCCUGAGGCCUUCCUGCAUGAGGCCAACCUGAUGAAGCAGCUGCAGCAUGAGCGACUGGUUCGCCUCCACGCUGUGGUCUCCAAGGAGCCCAUUCUUAUAGUCACCGAGUUCAUGACCAACGGAUGUCUUCUGGACUUUCUAAAAACAGACGAGGGAAGAAAGCUCAAGAUUCAUAAACUGAUAGACAUGGGAGCACAGAUAGCUGAAGGCAUGGCGUACAUUGAGAAGAAGAACUACAUUCACCGAGAUGUGCGAGCAGCCAACAUCCUGGUUAGUGAGACACUGCACUGCAAGAUAGCUGACUUUGGCCUGGCCAGGAUCAUUGAAACAGAAUACACCGCCCAAGAAGGGACUAAAUUUCCCAUCAAGUGGACAGCUCCAGAGGCCAUCAACUUUGGCACCUUCAGCAUCAAGUCGGACGUCUGGUCCUUUGGGAUCGUCCUGACAGAAAUAGUCACCUACGGGAGAGUACCUUACCCAGGGAUGACGAACCUGGAGGUAAUCAGCAGCCUGGACAGGAUGUACAGGAUGCCCUGCCCGGACGGCUGCCCCAAAAACCUUUACGAUAUCAUGACCACGUGCUGGAAGCAGAACCCUGAGGACAGGCCCACGUUUGAAUAUCUGCAGAAUGUUCUCAAUGACUUUUUCAUUGCCACAGAAGGACAGUAUGAAACGCAGCCGUGACUUAAAAGAAGGCGGACAAUUUUUCUGCCAGUUGCCUGAAGGAAAAAAUUAAUUCUCUUGAAGGCAAAAAUUGGAUGAAUAACUUCUGACGGUGGCCUUCAACAUGAGUGGAAAAGACGUUUAUGAUGACGUGUCAAAGUCUGAUUCAAAAGUCUAAACUACAACGCCAACGCUUUACCAUUUUGACAAAACCGUGUGCACAUGAAGACACAUAACCCAGACUGGAGGACAGUGGAUGAACAGAAAUACACAUAUAUACACACUUCUGGUGCAGAAGUGCACACAGGUAAAUGUGCAGAUUAAAAACUUGCAUUGUUGAGAAAUGACCAUUCUGAGAUUACAUGCACAACAGUUUGCACUUUUUGUCAAGUAAUUAAUUAUAUUAAAAAGGCGCUUAAAAAAAGGGCAGCAAGGAGGAUGGAGGAAUUUAAACCUGCAUAAAUAGUUUUUGUAAAUAAAAAUGUUGCUGUGCUCAGUUCCAGCUGCUGCAAAAGUCCCUCUUCUCAUGGAUCUUCUCAUGCAUUUUAAAUGUUAUUUUAUAUUAUGUGUGUUACUAUCUGGUCUUGUCAGAUUGUGGUGUAAAUGUGGCGUAUGCAGAUGUUUUACAUGACCACAAUAACGAAUCACAUUUAUAGGCUGUACUAACUCAUUUUUGCACUAAUUAUCCAACAUUAGGACACAGCAGUGUUGAACUAUGAAUGGCUUAAAAGCGAUUACUGGUGUUGAAAUACUACAGUACAAUCCUGGCAGAGAAAAACGACACUCACUUGCUACUUUCUUCGAUAAAUAGUCAUCUGACCUUCCUCAACUGUAGGUUUGACUGUGUGAGAAACUAAACCUUCCCUGUGGGGUGGGGGGUGGAGGAAGGAGGGCAGAAUCUUAAAGAUAAGUGACCAAACAGGAAUUAAACGCUGCCAUUUCCCGAAUGGACAGGAAACCAGCAGUGCAAGUCAGCUUCCCUCUCACGCCACGCAUCAAGAACGCCCUCCUCAUUACCCAAAUGGGUUGAGAUCUUUACAUUUUUCAACCCUGCUCAGA